GUACAAUCCAAAGAUGUGUUGUGCAGUGUCUGUUACCUUAAAAUAAUUUAUAUCCCCGAAGAUUAAACAAAUAAGAACAUCAGUAGUGCAAGUGAAGCUAUCUGUGGAAACUGUUGAAAAACUUAUUCAAGUAGACAUUGCAGAGAAUGCUUUAAAAAAUGCUAUGGAAACUGAAAUCCCUACAGUCAGUGUUGUAGCUGAUGAGGAAUUCCUUCCUUUCAAAGAAGAUACAUUUGAUCUUGUUGUUAGCAGCUUAAGUUUACAUUGGGUGAACGACCUUCCUAGAGCUUUUAGAGAGAUUCAUCAAGUUCUUAAACCAGAUGGAGUAUUCAUUGGUGCAAUGUUUGGAGGAGACACUCUGUAUGAACUUCGCUGCUCUUUGCAGCUAGCAGAAUUGGAGAGAGAAGGGGGAUUUUCUCCUCAUGUAUCACCAUUCACUGCUGUCUCUGACUUAGGGCAUCUGCUGUCAAGAGCUGGCUUUAACACCCUGACUGUGGACACUGAUGAAAUUCAAGUAAAUUAUCCAGGGUUGUUUGAGGUUAUGGAAGACUUGCAAGGUAUGGGGGAGAGUAACUGCUCUUGGAAUAGAAAACCUCUGCUACACAGGGAGACAUUACUGGCAGCUGCAGCAAUAUACCAAGAAAUGUAUGGAAAUAGUGAUGGCUCAGUCCCUGCCACAUUUCAGAUAUAUUACAUGAUAGGCUGGAAAUUCCAUGAAUCACAGGCAAGACCAGCCCAGAGAGGUUCUGCAACAGUUUCAUUUGGAGACCUGGCAAAAAUAAAUGGACUUCUUUCAAGAAAAAAAACAUAGUUCUUCAUCAAAAACAAUAGUUGUUUAGGAAGUCUCAGAAUACUUCUCAUUGGUGAUGGUCUCCAUGUUGUUGGGCUGUUUCUGUUACAACACUUUGGAGUGGUAAUAAGCUGCAUGCAGUAGGGUGGUUUCUUAUUGUAUUCCUCUCUGCCUACAGCAUUAGCUGUGCUUUUUAAAAAUAAAAAGCAUUUAUGGA